AAAUAAAUGAAAUGUCAGGGGAGAGAAAUAAUAGAAGAAGUGAGAGGGUGAGAGAGGAGAAGAGAGGCAAACAGUUGUAGACUAGCACAAGAUAGAAGGUGUCGGAAACAAAAAGCAGAGAGAGGAAGAACGAGUGAACGAAAGGAGAGAGGAAGAGAGAAGGAGAGAUAGAGCUGAUCAUGCUUUUGGAAGAAGAACAGACAGAAAAGUGAGAGGUGACCGGGGAAUGAAAUCCUGAAUAAAGCUUUUGUCUUCCUGGCAGCGCAGACGACCCAAAACGCUGCUGGUAUAGCGGCACUGUAUACAUCCCUUUCACAACGCCGCUAUUGCAAGUAAACUGGUAGUCCCUCAACCAUUUCAUAGAGCCGCGUAUCACGUUUCUCUACCAGGAAGUUCAACGCAUCCACUCCCCCUUCGCUUUUUGAUAUACCACAGGCGUUCUGCCGGGGUGGUUCACUCAGCUUCAUAUCACUGCGGAUACCGUUUCGAAGACCACUGGUGUCCUAACCACCUUCUCGGCCAUUGAAGGAUUGCUAUACAUUACCGGAUACGUUGCACCUGUAACCAGUGGGAUUACACAUCAGGAGUGCUGACAACUUUACAAGGAUAGAACCACGGAUAGAAAGAGUACCAAUAUGCGGAUUUUAAGUGCUUUGGCGGUUUUGAUAUUUUUGGCAGCCGAAAGCCAUGGAUUUUACUACUGCAGUUUUGACGAAGAGGUCAACCCGACGUGUGGCUGGAAUCUGGACAUUGCAAAUAGUGACCAUCCAUGGGUCUUAAAGUAUGGACGCUCCCCUCAACCUCGAACUGGUCCACCUUCUGACCGAUCUGGAAACGGGAAGUACCUGCUGGCACAGUCGUCCACCGUCGGUCCAAAUUUAGAGCUCCUACCAGUUGGGCGUGGUCAGCGGUUCCGCCUCUCCAGCCCCUCCCUCGACACGGCCAACCGGCGUCUCCUCCUCCGCUUCCACUACUACAUGUGGGGCAAGCACAUCGGUGUUCUGAACGCCUUCGUGGUGGUGAGGGGUGAAAGGAAGAGCCCCAAACCAAUAUGGCGGCAGACCGGACCUCAGCAGGAUAUGUGGUUGGUCGGAGAGAUCAGGUUGCCUGUUAAUUCUACAGUAAAGGUCAUCUUCGAGAUGGUUAGCGGCAGAGGUUUAAUGGGUGACGUUGCGAUUGACGAUAUUUCUGUUUUAGAAUACGUGGUAGAUUGCACCUUUGAGGAUACCGUCUUCAGUAAAGACUGUAACUUCACUCAGGAGGGAAGCGAGAAUUUGAGCUGGAGUGUGAACAGCGGGAAGACCCCCACCAAACGGACCGGCCCAACCCGGGACCAUACACUCCAAAACUCCAAAGGGACGUACAUGUACCUGGAAGCAACGACCAGGACACCGGGACAAGCUGCCCUCAUCAGCCCCGUCUACAUCAAGGACGCCGGCCCGGCCUGCAAUGUCUCCUUUUUCUAUCAUAUGUACGGCGACCACAUAGGGUUUCUUAAAGCUUACGUGAAGACGUCGCCGAACUCGACCGACCUCGGCACGCUGCUAUGGCAGAAACAAGGCGAGCAGGAGAAAGAAUGGUUGGAGGGCGUCACCAACGUUGACAGAUUUGGAGGACGUUAUCAGAUAGUACUGGAAGGGGUACGAGGCCGUGGAACGUUUGGCGAUAUUGCCAUUGAUGACUUCAAACUGAUAGGACCCGGAUGCCUCAACCAAGAUUAUUAUGAUAUGAACCGUCCGGAUUUAUGUGCCGAUCAGCCAUGUCGAGGCCAUGGCGUAUGCACAAAUACGCUGGAUGGAUACUUCACAUGCAACUGUUCCGCCAACUGGACAGGUCAAAUUUGUGAUACUGAGGUAAAACCAGGUGCAUGCUCCAGCAGCCCUUGCUUGAACGAAGGGCAAUGUGUCGUCGUCAAUUAUACCGGCGACGCCAGCAAGACAGGGGGAAUACAGCCCCCUCCCCCGUUCUCCCCCGACGUGACUCCGGGACAGAACAUGACGCCUCCCAUCGGGAACCAAUCUGUAGCGUUCGGGAAUCAGACGGUACCUAGCGGGAACUGGUCGAUGUCCGGCGGUAACGAAACGAUUACUAGCGGCAACUGGUCAAAUCCGGUUAGAACCAAGGUUGAAGCGGUUACAGCGUUUACGUGCGUCUGCAUGAGUGGUUGGAGUGGGUCGCUUUGCGAUAAAGUUGACGUGACGUUUGAUCCAUGUCUGAACAACCCCUGCGCACAUGGAGGAACCUGCCGGCUGAAUGGCAGUCAGUACACAUGUGAAUGCCCCCCUCAAUGGAGAGGUGUCAAUUGCGAAGACGAUUUUAACGAGUGCGACGUCAGCGCAAACCAAACCAACCCCUGUGAAAACGGUGGUACGUGCAUCAAUGACGUGGAAGGGUUUAACUGUACCUGUCCCGACGGUUACUCCGGGGACAACUGCGAGAUCGCAUGUACCGACCAACACCGUAGCUGUGCCUUCUGGGCUGGAUCCCGUGAGUGUGAAAAGAACCCGAACUACAUGCUCGUGUACUGCGGGUUAAGCUGUGGAGUGUGCAAAGAUUUCGUUUGUCAGGAUAACGACCCCAGAUGUGAGGGAUGGGCUGCUGAAGGCGAAUGUGACCAAAACCCCUCCUGGAUGCUUGAACACUGUCAAAAGAGUUGUGUCGCUUGUAUCGACGACGAAUGUUUCUCAAGUCCUUGUUUAAAUGGAGGCUCGUGUACUGACGGAAAUAGCUCGUACACAUGCGCAUGUCUGCCUGGCUUCGAAGGAGAGGACUGUGAAAUAAACAUUGACGAGUGUUCUAGCGCCCCCUGUAUGAAUGGUGGAACCUGCGUGGAUGGGUUCAACAACGUAACUUGCAACUGUACUGAUGAUUAUGAAGGAAAUAUGUGUGAGCAUAGAGUUGACGAGUGCAGUGAAGCACCCUGUCUCAACGGGGCAACUUGUACAUUGACAGACACACACUUUAACUGUACAUGCGCGACAGGAUUUGAGGGAGAAACGUGUGAAAUAGAUAUCGAUGAAUGUACAGAUUCGACGUGUUCAAACGGGGGCACAUGUACCGAUCAACCGGGUUAUUUCGUUUGCAAUUGCACCCAAGAAUGGACGGGCGUAACGUGUGAACACGAUUUUAACGAGUGUCACAGCAACCCCUGUAUCAAUGGAGGCUCUUGUUUCCAUGGCAUCGGGCAAGCACUAUACUUUUGUAAUUGCCUGGAUGGAUGGGAAGGAACAAACUGCGAAGAAGAGAUCAACGAGUGCGCCGGCCUUCCCUGCCAAAAUGGAGCGACUUGUAUUGAUGCUUUCAACGCCUUCAGCUGCGCAUGCGUAUACGGGUGGUCCGGCACAACAUGCAAUAUCAAUAUUGACGAAUGUGCAAGUGCCCCAUGUGUUAACGGAGGGACGUGCAUUGACUACAUAAAUCGUUAUGACUGCCUGUGCGAAGUAGGACUUGGUGGUUUCAAUUGUGAAAUAGAUAUUGACGAAUGCCAAAGCGCUCCGUGUCACAAUGGAGGUACUUGCGUGGAUCAGCGAAACGGUCAUCUCUGUGAAUGUCCUAACGAGUGGACGGGAAGAUACUGCGGAAUCAGAAUUACGACCACAGCUCCAACGACCACUAUAACGACCACAACCAUUGUUACAACAACUGAGGACUGGGUACCCAGUGAGUUUGAAGAAUCCUCAUACGUGGAGAGCGAGAGCAGCGAGCAAGAGUCUACCCCGUAUCCAACAACCACAACAACAACAAGCAUUCCUACAACACAGAGAGCAACUACCACCAACACGCCACAAGUCACAACAACGGCGCCAACGACGACAGCAAGAACGACGCAGAGGAUCACAACGACGCCAGUGGUUACCACAACACCAACAACGACUAGACCACCAACAACGACAACACCCACAACAAGGCCGACCACGACAACUCCAGCGACAACGAAAGUGCCAACCACAACGAUAGUGCCAACGACAACGGACAGCAACAAGAUUCCAUUGGGUACAGUGGAAGCGCAGACGACAGUUAAAAAGGGCGGGAACCACAUUCCACGAGGGAGCGUGAAAAACAAAGGCGCGCAGACGGAAAACAAAAUCGUCAUACUGUCGACGGUGCUCGGGGGUCUCCUCCUCAUCGUUAUCGUCUGUGUUCUCCUCGUCAUCGUCGUCCGAAUGAGGAAAAACGCCGGUCUGGCGAACUACCAUCAAUUCACCAUGGAAGAACCCGAUAAGCCGGCGCAGUCUGAAUCACGCGGAUGGCAUGAACUUAAAUUCAGAUCUUUUGGGGAUAAUUACAAUCGCCUUGAUGACGGCGAUGCAAUAUAACACCUUUCUUUCUAGAUCGUCAGAAUUUUGUUAACAGUUAUCGAGGCAUUCCAUUCAGUUUGACGACUAGAUGUGGCUAUUGUACGCGUUUCGUUUAUUCUGAGGAUGAAAAAUCAUAAAUCAGUACCGAUGUUCAGAUUUUUAUUCUUGUUGAUUUCGCAAUAUUGUGUUGACGAAUUAGUAAUUUUUUAUUGAAUUUGUCUCAUUUGCCAGAGAUUCAAGCAACGUUUACUGAUUAUGAGCGCGUAUUUGGCUAAGUUAUUUGAAACAUUGUGUUACGAUUGACAAGUAGAGGUGAACUCAGUUAACACGACGUCAAAUUGUUUGUCCAAAUUGGACGUAUAUCCUCGAUUACCGCGUUUACCCAUCCCCUCCCUUGGUAUCCUGCAUUGUGACACCCAACUAAAUCCCAGAUAUGGCAUCUCACGUUUUAGAAUAUGGAAAAAACAUCCUUCUCCUUCCCCCCCCCCCCCCUCCUUGUCCUCCUCAUCAUCUUUACUCGUCCUCCUCCCCCUCUUCCUCCUAUUAGUACCUACAUUGUGGGGGCAAGAAUGGUGGAAAAGCAUUAAUGGGGAGCUGCAUGUAUUUUUUUUAAUGGAAAAGAUGGUCAAAAGGAAAGUUUUCCAAAAAAAAAUUGGAAGCACAAUAGGCUUGCUCCUCUAUCGGAAAAAGGUGGGGCGCACCCCAUCCCCCCUCCCCCCCCCCCGCAUUCUCCAGCGAUAUACUUAUAUUUAUUUGUAUACUACCCUUUCAGAUCCAUACCUGACCUGAGGUCAUCCUCUCUCUUGUGAUACAAAAAAAUGAAACUCGAAAUGAAGUCUUGAAACCCACUAUCAGCGCUAUUUAAUGAGUUGCAUUAUUAGAUUUUUGUUCCGGAGACGCCGCCCUAAUCCUCUUAUAAUUGGUCAUGUUGUGUUAAGGUAAUCGGACCGUACAAUUAUGAGCGCAUUUUGCAGAGCAAAACCGGAAAUCUGUCUAUUAGUUAAGUUACUGAGACAAUUACUAGUUUCAAGGAUAUUUUCAACAAUCUAAUCCUUCUUAUUUAUGAACUCUAGGACACGUGGAAGUCGGAAGGUGCAAACACUGCGAUCUCCGUUUAAUAGUUUGUCUAUUAAAAAUAUUACUGUAAAGUCUUCGAGCAAACUAUUGAUCAUGGCAUUUGAAUUGCACUUGUGUCCUGCAAUUCUUGCGAAGUAAAAUAGACCGCUUGAGUUACUUCGACAAUGAUUUAGUGUAGCUUCAGUCAUUAUUGUGUGGGGGGGUCUUACGAAGUGCAUAACAUGCAAGGGAGCGAUGCGACCGAGCCGCGUGUUUUGGGCGGCUCGUGCCAUCUUCUUUUUCUUUUUUCAUGUUCAUUUCUUUUUAGUGUGUGUUUUUAUUUUGUUAUUUUGUUUAUUAUAUUGACAUGAUUGGCGGACCGUUGUGCCCCACCCAUAGGCACUUUCUUGAUUGUGUCAAUUGUCUCCCGAGGGAAAGUUUAUAUGAAACUCUUAAUAUGAAUGUACAUGCUUGUAUGCAAUGUCUUUUUUUUUAACUCUUUAACUUUUUAACUCCUUACAUAAAGUGAUUUACAUGACUCACAAAAACAUAAUAACACAAAGUCAAAUAAAACUUAAACGAUUAUGAUUUUUAACAGUACUCAACAACCCCUUAAUAUAACUUGUCUAGAAUUAAACGGUAACAGUGCAUAUAAUAGUAAAUUAAUGUAUUUUAUGACGAAUUGUAAAUAUGAUAGUUUUAACCAUGAAAAAAAUAUGCAAUGCUUUUAAUAGGUGAGAAUAAAAAUUCGUAAAUGUACAGUAAAAACUUCACCUUAUUUCCCAUCCUACCCCGACCCCCUCUCUUUCUAUUUUUGAUAUAUUAUAUUGUGUCUUUUUCCAAGUCUAUAAGUAAAUAUGUAUGGCUGUUGAUGUUUUUAUAAUAUGUGAAUAUCUAAUAAAACAUAUUGUUGGACACACGAACAAGAUGAUCGAA